CCUGGUGGUAGUUUGACAAGGCCUACAUUUCCUUGGGUAUAGUUUUGUGACCCUGGUGAUAGUUUGACAAGCCUCUGUACCAUGGACGCGAACAAGAACUCAUGGUAGAGCGACUAACCUCCUUUGUCAGUGUUUGGAAUUUGUUAUUUUGAGAGGCGGAAGCAUUGCCAAAGAAAGAAAGGGGUUGUGGGCAUUUCCAGGGGUAGUUUUAUGACCCUGGUGAUAGUUUGACAAUACCUCUGUACCAGGGACCCAAACAAACACUCCUUACGCAGUUUUCUCUUGCGUUAUUUUUGUCUUUUCGUACCCUCGCUCACCUCCAGUAACAUGUCCCCUUUCUUUCCCUUUCCCCUCGUCAAGUGCUAUCAAGUUGACCCACCUAGGAGCAGCGGGCGUGACUUACAGAAGAUCGGUAUUCUCAGACACUUCCUCCACUCACAUACACUGCUUCCAAAGGCCGAAAAACGAGAUAAAUCGAAUUCUUGUGUUCUUUUCCGCAUGCAUGGUAGCCUACAAGUAACGGCUCGGCCACGAUGGAACAAACCCCCACAGCCUUUUAACCCGUCCGCUGCGAUUGGCACGGAUUUCGCCUUCACUGGUAGCCUGGUAACAUAUGCUCCCAGGUCUUUCUCUGUGGUGGGUAGUGGAGUGUUUCCCAUGUGGUAUUGGUGUGCUGGAUAUCCCUUCACUGGUAGCCUGGUAACAUAUGCUCCCAGGUCUUUCUCUGCCUCUGUGGUGGAUAGUGGAGUGUUUCCCAUGUGGUAUUGGUGUGCUGGAUAUCCCUUCACUGGUAGCCUGGUAACAUACACUCCCAGGUCUUUCUCUGCCUCUGUGGUGGAUAGUGGAGUGUUUCCCACGUGGUAUUGGUGUGCUGGAUAUCCCUUCAAUGGUAGCCUGGUAACAUACACUCCCAGGUCUUUCUCUGCCUCUGUGGUGGAUAGUGGAGUGUUUCCCAUGUGGUAUUGGUGUGCUGGAUAUCCCUUCACUGGUAGCCUGGUAACAUACACUCCCAGGUCUUUCUCUGCCUCUGUGGUGGAUAGUGGAGUGUUUCCCAUGUGGUAUUGGUGUGCUGGAUAUCCCUUCAAUGGUAGCCUGGUAACAUACACUCCCAGGUCUUUCUCUGCCUCUGUGGUGGAUAGUGGAGUGUUUCCCAUGUGGUAUUGGUGUGCUGGAUAUCCCCUCCCAAGGUGCAGGACUUUACAUUUUUCUUCAUUGAAUUGUAGCAGCCACUUUUUGUUCCACUCCUGUAGCUUGGUGAGGUCUUCUUGUAUUAAAUCCGUAGUCUAAUUAGUAUUUCUUAACAGUUACGUGGCUAGUUUUGCUAUUUUUAUUCCAUUUUGGGGACGGAGUUAGUUGGAAGUGUCGGAUUUUCAUUAUAAACUUAAGUCGUAAAAACUGAUUCAACAAAACCAACUAAUCACGCCUUCAAUAACGUAUAAGAAAGACGAAUUAGUCACAUCGUUAACAAAGACUAAUAGAACGUUCAC